CUGAUGUCACAUAGAAGAUUGCGAAGUGUUAGAGUGUUACUUUCGUACGCGACAUGUCAUUGGCUGUUGAAGAGAAGGUAUCAAAUGAAUAAAACAUUUAUAAAAUGUUUUGUGAUUGGCUUCUCGGAAGAGAGUUGUGAAUCCGACUCUAGCUCUAGCGCCCAAUAUUGAUUGUCUGCGCUGUAAAUGCGUUGCAUAUUAGAAAAUUGUAGGGGAGCGUUGAAAUUUCAUUGACUUGACGGAAAAGUGCCUUGUUAAGGCAUCAGUUUUACCUCACAAACUAUCAGAGUGAUCAUUUCAGCGUUUGUCGUAUCACAGAGGGAUCUUCUUUGGCUUUUAUCGAAGUACGCUUGCACCAAAUUUUGUUGACUGGGAUGCCGCCAUUAUAGAAAGUGCAAGACAGGCUUUUUCAUGGUUCCUUUCCGUUUCAUUUACCUUGAAACUCCACCGCUUUGCUGAAGUGUAGCUGCAAUUAAUUGCAACCAACCUGGAUCCGUUAGACGAAUUCGACACGUCCAAAAUGGACGAUUUUAACGAUGAUGGUAGGUGGCUAUUUAUACAUCAGCUGCAUGUGUUGCAGUGUUGGCGACGAAAACCAAGAACAUGGCGUUACUUUUUGUAGAGAGAAAAUUAAAUUUGCCUGUUUGUUGUUCAGAUGACGGAAUGCCCGACAAGUCCUCCCACGGUCGGCUAAGGAAGAGAAAAGCAAACCAAAAUUUUGUAAUCAAGGAGUAAGUACAGACUUUUGUUAAACUUAAAUAGACGAACAAAAUUCCGUUGCUUCGCUUUGCAUUAUCCCUUUUCUUUGAAUUUUCUCUGUCUUUCCUUGCCUUAACUUAAAUGUUUAUGUUGCUGUUCAGAGAGGAUUCGGAUGACGAUGACAUUGAGGGAAAGGGAGACCACAAAAUGCCCAGGUACGCACCUUACUUUGUAAUCACGAUUUCCUGUUCUCCUAUCGAUUGAUCCUUAGGCUUAAAAACUUUCCAGCUUGUAGUGAGUGUCUUCAGCUGUUGUAUUUCUUGAAACAGAACUUCAUCGGUCAAAUACUGCUCCGGCUGAGGUUGAAUUAUUUAAGUUUACUCAUUUUCGAUUGUUGUCUUUCUAGCUGGACAUAUAAACUUUUUCAGAUCAGCACAUACACAGAACCUGCCAAUGUUUCAUGAAAACGACUUCACUGAAAGCUGUAGUUUGUUUAGCAAUUCGUUUAUUUGCUAAGCAUCAAAGAAACCUUUUUAAUUUCUCCUGUUCAUAGCAAUCAACCAGAUGAUAUUUCUACAGCGAUCAAGUGAGCUAAUGUACAAUAAUUCUUUUUUACAGAACGUCUGAUGAGAAUAACAAAGAGAAAUUUGCAAGGUAUUCAGUUUACGUUGUGUGAUCACGUACGAUUUGGUAGUUUUAUUCCCGCCCCAAGGUUUUUGCAACUACUUCCAAGUAACAUAGAAUAUACCAAGACCAGUUUUUACUAUUUCUAUUUUCAUGUGUGUGACGUCUGACAAUAAUUAUAAUGUUCAAUGUUUUCUUCUUUUCUUCAAAGAACACAAAAAAUUGAAAUUUUCAACGGUGGCACUUUAGUUAUUUUCCUUUUUAUGUGUUCUUUCUUCAAAUAAAAUACUUCUCUAACAGCUGUAAAUUAUAAUACUUAAUUAAGGUCUUUUUAAAUAUAAACUAUCCUUUCUUGGUUUCAACCAAAUACUAUAAAUAUACAUUUUGUUUGUCAUCCUUUUCAAAUCACUUCUUCUAAACUGACAAGUGACAUUAAAUGUAAUGGUUGAGUAAUCUUGCUCGUCACAUCAAGGGUAAACCUCAAUCUAACCUCUUGAAUGUGCAGUUGUUACUGAACAGACGAUAAAGGUGAAGCAAAUACUGGUGUCUUAUUUGUUUCAUCUUCAGAUGUUUCCAUCAUUAACUGUAUUAAAAAUAAAUUGACAAUUCCAAAACAAAAGUAAUGUUAUUUCCUUUUGCUCUUACGCCGUUUUCAACUUCCUUCCAUGUGGAUGCAAGUUUUCUGGGUGUCAUUUUUCGACACAAAAAUGAGUCUUAUUAAUGACAACAAUCAUCAUAUGGCAGUCUUGCUAGCUACGCCAGUGGUCCUUGUAAACUUAUUUUUGCUCUUGGGUGACAGGAAAAUUAAUGUUACCUUUUACACACAACUUGACACGACUUAUGUGCUGGCCGCCCUAGAUUUCAUAGGCUGAGAGGUUUUGAACUCCCUACAAUUUUCCUUUGAGUACAGCCUUGACAAUGCUAAUUUUAUUGUUAAAUGUCUUGUAAGUUAACAUUUUUGUUACGAUAAAAUGAACAGUACAUUUGUACAAUGCUUUUGUUUUGAGAUGUGUUUUUUUUGUCAUUUGCAGUGGCUUUAUGGUAGUUUAGUAUAGUUGUUGUGGUAAAAUUUUUCCUUGGUAUAAAUGUCAUUUUUUUUGUAUGAUGUUGCCUUUUAAUGUGUUUUGAUUCAAAGGAAAAUAAAAGUCAAACCAAGUAUAAAAUUGAACUACACUUUAAGCAAUACUAUUUUUCACAGAACACUAAUCAUAAAUGUAGGGAAGAUUCACAAUGUUGUCAGUAAAAUGUUUCACAGAGAGACAAAAGUUACUUUGGUGAGAGUAUGUUAAAGUGCCAACCAAAUAAAUCACAGACAACGGCAAUACUUUGUUAAUAAGCUGAUAAUAAUAUAACAGACAUACUGCACCCCUUCUUUUCAAUACUACAAAUUUUGUUGUGAUCCAAACUGCUAAAUCAUUGAUGACCUGCUUCAAAACUAGACAUUUGUCUGGAAAAGUCUUUCAACUGUCUUCUUGUCAUGGUAGCAGUAUACACUCUUGAUUUAUCAUUGCUCUUUUUUCUUCACAUGCCGUAGUAAAAUCCCUUGUAAUUCAACCACUGUUUUCUUGUGACAUAUGGUUUGUUUUUCAUUAAAAUAGUUUAUCCUAAAGACAGCCAAAUUUUGAUUGACUGUUGACCUGUUUUGUUUGAAGACAUGUUAAAAAAUUGUUGUAAUGUUGUUGCAAUAGAAACAGAUAACAUCUAAUUUUCUGGUUUGUACAUGUCAUCUGGGCAAAACAAAAAGUAAUUUAAGUUGCCAAAAAAAAAAUACAUUUAGAUUUUCUGUGAGCUUUUAAUAGUGCGAGUAUGAAUUAUAACAGCAUGUUUACUUUUUAUUUACAUUGACAUUAUCUUGAUACUUCUAAAACUAAAAACUUAAUUAAUAGAAAUAGUGGUAGUACCAAUAAUAAAAUAAAUAUAUAAAUAGGUAUAUUGAAGGAUGUAUUCAUAAGCCAUGAUAAAUACAAUAGUCAGAUUUAUCUCAAUAAGAACACUUAGCAACUCAUUCCCAUCCAUGGUAGUUCAAAAGCAGAUACCCUAUUUAAGUGUCAUAGACUGUCUGGAGGAGAAUAGAUUUCUUGGGUCGUAAUGGCCUUCUGGUCUUGAGAUGGGACUGAUAUUAAGCUUGCUGCUUGUCAGUGCAGGGACUUGUGCAUCAUUGUCAAUCUGGCAAGUCUCAGCCUCGUUUCAAAACUCUGCCUUCCCAGUUGCUGUCAGGCAUAUUUGAUAUAACUUUUGUCUCUUUUAUGUGUAAUACAUAUUUGACCCUUUAGAGUAGAGGUUCUGUUGCAUUUGAAGAUUUCAAGUUGCCGGGUAAAUACAACAAGUAGGUGGAGAAUCAAACUGCUAGGCAUUUCUUGUGGUUCUAUUUUUCUUCUAUUUUCCAAUAAAAGUAGUAGAUGUGCUUUUAAUGAAACCCUGAUUUUUUUCAAAAGUUACUGUGUUCCUUGCUUGUGUAGAUGUGCUUUUACCAAGAUUUUGCGGAAAUGUUUUACAGGGAAAAUCACAGUGAGAUUGAGAGAAGACGGAGGAAUAAAAUGAAUGCGUACAUCAAUGAAUUGUCUGAUAUGGUACCAUCUUGCAAUGGGUUGGCAAGAAAACCAGAUAAACUCACUGUUUUGAGGAUGGCUGUUAACUACAUGAAAUCACUGAGAGGAUCUGGUAUGUAUCUGUUUAACCCUUUAAACCCUAACAUCAAAAUUCAAAUUCUCAUUUGUUAUCCCUAUACGUUUUCAAUAGAAGAAGUAGGGAGAAUUUCUUGAAGUAUCGGUAAGAUUCAUCUUGUGUGUUCAUGUCCUUAAUUCUCAUGACCACUCUGUUUUAUAAAGCAGUGACAUUACAAGGAGAAAUUUGACGCUGAUCAGUCUUAGGGCUUAAAGGGUUAAUAAUGUUGUUAUUAUUUUGAGAUAUGGCAAAAUAUUAAUGUCAAUGGCAAAACAAUACAAAUUAUUUUGACUUUGUCUUAUUGUUCACAUUAUCAUCUGUUUCUCACAGUUCUUGAAAAGUUAUUCUACAUUUGUAAACAGCUCAAGUAUUAAUGUUGUCCUACUGCAAGAAUGAUACAACUGCAUUCCUAUGGGUUUUCAUGUGUUUUUGUUUGUUAUUUAUUAUUAAUUCCAGGUCAGACUCCUGAUGUGUCUCACAAGCCAUCAUUUUUGUCUGAUAAAGAACUAAAGCACCUCAUUUUGGAGGUAAAAAAUAAAAAAAGUGCAUAAUGUGAAAAAGUGGCAUGGGCAUCAGGGUUUUUAACAAGGCCAGGUAGUGGGCUGUUUGACCAGCUGUUAAUGUAACAUAACUUGCCCCUUUUUUGGUCGUAAAUGUUUUUUACUCCAACCGUUUUCCCCUGUUUAUUAAAACCUUCAUGUUCAAUACCGUAGUGAAACCGUUGAUGCACGUUCUAGAUGAAUGCUUCAGAGUAUGAGAAGAAAAAUGCACUAUUUUUUUCAGGUCUAAACACACGUUUUUCCUUUAUGAACAGUUACAUGUUGUUGGUAUAUCUGUUGAACUAAUAGGAGCACCUGAAAUAUUUUAGGAAUGUUUAUUGUGAUAUGACCAAUCGCAGGGAAGAUCAGGACGUGUAAACAAGCCACAAAACCACAAACUAUUACAGAUGCUAUUAGCUGUUUUUCCCAUGCCUGAUUUGUCUCUUUAAUAGUUUUCUUGACUUUGUUUGGUGUGAUGAAUCAAAAUCACAUUCAACUUUGAUUAGUUUAUCUGCAUUCACCUUGGCAGCCAUUGGGUUUGGGGGAUUGAACAGAUUGUCGCAAUUUAUGUGUUUUAAUGUUUGAUUAACUGGUACUUUUUUAAUUCUCAAUCCUUUCAGGCAGCAGAUGGAUUUCUAUUUGUGGUGAAUUGCCGCACCGGGAUUGUGGUUUAUGUUUCUGACUCCAUAACUCCAGUGUUAAACCAGCCUCAGGUAUUGAAAAGUAACAAUAAUAUUAUUAACUGGUCAUCUUCCUCUCUUCACUCUUAGUUUGACAAUUAUGUAAGGUGAUCACUCACUGAGGUUUGGUCAGCAGUCAAGGCUUUGGCUUACGAAUGAUGCUUGUUAUGUAAAGAGAUUAUAAUGGAACUCUGCCAUAUCACCACUCCAUCACUAUGACUGCAUUUUUCUGAGUCCCAGUAGUUAUCUUUAUAAUUUGACCAGUUUAAUUCCUGGUGGGAGCCAAACAGCCAAUCUGUGAAACAGUAACUCUUUUGAGAGAGAUGUUUAUCCAGUCACAACCCUCCUAGUCAAAGUUUUUGCUUGGUUGCCUGGUUUAGGGAGACUUUUUUUCAAAUCAAGUCUUGUAGGCACCGUUGUGACCAAAAUGGUCGCAACUUGGAGGGUUGAGUCAGUGACACAGGCUGCUUGGAAGAAAAAAAUCUGAGUGCUCCCAAUAGGCUUCAAACCUAUGACCUUCUGGUUACUAGUCCAGAUGCUCUGCCACUGAGCUACAGGAGACUCAUGGGAUCUAAGACCACUUAGUCAUUAAGAGAAAAACACUUAGCACAAGCCACGACAGGUAACGACAUGCAAAUGUAGUGGCCUGACCUCAAGAGAAAGGCUGCAAAAACACGCGAACCCUUGCAAAGCAAUUAGAGCUCCCCCUCUACAUGAGACUGCUGGCCAGCCAUGUCUCGAGUUUGACCUAGCCUUAUUUUCUUGAAGCCUCAUUUAAGAGUCCUUAAGUUAAUGUUGGUGGUAUUUAGUGGUAGUUUGGUGUUGCUGUGGAGUUAGUGUGACUUCUGCUUCAGCCAAUUUUGCACUCAUUUUGGAAUAUUUGAAGUCAAGUUACACAACAAAAAAAGCAAUGUUAAACAAGAUUUAAAAUUAAUAGCAAACAUGUGACAGCAUUUGCUAUCUCAGUGCAUGGUUCUGGCACAUAUACCCUCUGUCAUGCUGGAAACAUGAAGUAGCCACAGCUUCAUGUGAGAGUCCGCUGACCUCGAAAGACUCAAAUCCAUGAUGAUCAUUGUUCGAUUGAUCUUUAUUGUAGUUUAGCCUCUACCUGUACACAGGUGAGUAGUUCUUCAAUGUAGGCUGUUUCAAUCAAAGUGACUCCCUCCCUAACCUCACUGGAGUCAUCUCAAAACUUUUGGUGUAAAAUACGCCAAGUUUAGCAUUUUUGUGAACCCUGCUCAGUGCCAGAUUCAGACCUUGAGAUAGGGGGUGAGGGGCGGUCAUCCAGACUCUUAGAAUCCGCCACUGCUGCUAUUCAUCUUACCCUUCUGUUGUAUUCUUACUCUAGAGUGCAUGGAUGAAUCAGGAGAUUUAUGAUUUAGUUCACCCAGAUGAUGCUGAAAAAAUAAGAGAUCAGCUUUCUGCUACUGAGUCCCCAGAUGCUGGAAGAGUCUUGGACUUAAAAAGUAAGCUGUUUUAAAAACAACUAAAAACUGAAGUGGAUUGUGUUAUUUUGAUAUUAUAAUAUUAGGAGCAGUGUUCUCACCAGGGUUUUCAACAGUCGGGACCAGAGGACCCGUAUAGAAGCUAAAAGGGGUCAUGAGGAAGAAACGCAGGUCACAAGUUUCAGAUACAUAUAACUCAAAGUUUUACAGUUCUGAGUUCAGAGUAAAUACCUCAUACUUUCUUUAAUAAUGGAUUUCCAAUGUCCAAUUUAUUGUAAGGGAAUGUAUGUAUUUGUAUGUUUGUGUUCAUGGAUUGUAAUAGGCUCUUUUUUCCUUUUGACCCCUUGGGCAUCUCCUGAAAUAGUGCGACACUGCCACAAUUUCGUGGUCUGGCAAGAACACUGUUACGAGGCAUACCGCAAGUCAAUAAGAAUAUUUUGUUUCAGCCAUCUAGUACUUAUUGUUUAGCAAAAUUCAGGCACUGUCUUGUCUCUCUCAUGGCAGUGCAGAUCUGUGUUUUAGUGUAAGUCCCAUCAAGGUUUUGUGUUUGGCUACUGAUUAGUUGAUAAUCUUUGGAUUGUGGGCUCAAUUUUUUUUUAAAAUAAUUUUUAGAGGUGAAGAGGUAUUUAGUUCUCUGAGCAAUUUUCUAUUGUCUUUUAUUUGAAAGCUUUUUGUUUCUUGUACAUGUAAGCAGUUUUGUUCAUGGUCUGACUACUUUAUGUAUUAUACGGUGUUUAACAGCACAAUAGACUGGUAAUAUUGAAGUUAUUGUUUUCUUUUCCCUUGAAAGCUGGAAGUGUAAAAAAGGACAGCCAUGGAGGUAAGAGUAAGUCUCAAAAAAUGAUAUUUGUCCUUAUGCAUUAUUGACUAAGUGCAAGGUUUUAAGCCAUUUUUUUUAGGCCAUUGUGCAGCCAUCUUGACUGAAAAAUCCUGGCCAAAACCAAACCCCAUUGCAAAAAUGGCUGCUUGAUUAAUAUUCCUUUGUUUAAAUUAAAAUUAGCCUGACUAGCCUCGUUCUUCAGUGCAAAAUUCAAAAGAAUACAUUAUCUCAAGUGAGGCUAGUCAGGUUAAUUUUAAUUUGAACGAGACAAUAUUAAUUCAGCAACCAUUUUUGCAUUGGGUCCAGUACACGGCAGGGCUGUUCUCUAGCAGUGCAUGGUGGCCCCUGAUGUCUUACUUUUGCUCUGGGGCCAACUAGGUUUUUUUUGUUUUCACAUAAAAAUCAUAUGCUGGGCACCCAGAAGUUCACAGGCUCAGAGCAUUGGGCUUCAUACAAUUUGUAGAGUGCAAUGUUGUAUGUCCAACAAAUACAAUGGGAACAUUGAAAGUAAUCCUGAGCAAACAUUGAGAUCCAGGUAGCCAAUCAGAACACAAAAUUCACUUUAACUUACCUGCUCGCAAAGCCAGCCAUGUAAUACAUUUAAAAUAAUGUUAGUUUUCUUGUCUUGAACACCUUGAAGGGGCAAUGUCAUGAAAUAGGACACACCCAAUGUAAUAUUAAUUGCCACAAUGGAACAUUAUUAUAAUGUUCCUGGUAAGAUGACUUGGGUAUCAUAAAAAGAUUCAAGAGCUGACCUAUCAAGGAUUAACCUUUUGUCAAAGUGUAGUUGUUUAAGCAUUGCUGAACCCAGUUCAAAGACCCAAAAUCUUUUUUUUAGUUGAAUCAGUUCUGAUAAAAAAUAAAACAAAAUAAAAACUUUGUAUGUUAAUCCUGCAGUGCCACUGAAAAAAAGUGGAAUAAUUAUAAUGUUUUGUGGAUUCCUUUUGCUAUUUAGCUCUAUCCAGAAUGUAUUCCAACUCCAGAAGAAAUUUUAUCUGCCGCAUGAGAUGUGGUCAGGAAGAGGGUGAGACCACAACAAGAGGGAAGGACAAUCGUCUAAAGCUUCUGGAUGAUGAAUAUGCCAUUGUGCAUUGCACUGGUUACAUCAAGGUAACAUUAUUACAACCCCGUGACUCCCACGAAUGUCCCAAUCAAUACUUCUUAAGAAGCCAUCUCCUGUUGCAAGUUAGCAGUUUGCAUUCUUAUAUCAACUGAUAAAACUGUCAGGGUCCUCUUUAUCAGGUGGUAACCAGUAAAAUUUACCGCCUGAAGCAGUACUUCUUACCACCUGCAACCACUUGAAGGUUUACUAAAAUUAAAUAAGUACUUUUGAAAAAUACGCAAGUUGUGGUCCAAUUCGAUUCUGUCAGGGAAAUGAGUACUGUAUUUCCUUGAGUAACAGCCGUCCCUCAAUUAAUCACCUCCCUUGAAUAAUUGCCUCCCUUUGAUGGAAAUAUUUAAAAUAAUUGCUUCCCCCAGCCCCCUCAACAUCUCCUCUUUCCUUUAUCCUCUCCCUCUAAAGUUAAAAAUUGUCAAACUCUUUUCAUUCAAUUGUUUAUAAUGACAUUGAAAAUUAAUCAAGGAACCAAAUUUGGAACACUUAAAAAGCCCAUGUUCAGUUUACUUGAUGUGAUUAUUUUCCAAUUUACUGGGAUAAUGAAACAUGAAAUAAUUGCCUUCCCGAAAGGUUUCCAUUUUGAGGUCGCCUCGCACCAUUGGAGUGCAACCCUGAUUUUACUACAGUGGAAUUCUGAUUUUUCAAACCACCUUGGGAAAAGCAAAUUGGCUUGAAUCAUCAAGAGGUUUGAAAAAACAUGGCUAAAAUUACUGUGUUUGACUGGUGAAUGGAAGGUAGGCUUGGUUUGAAUUAUAAGGAAUUUCAAAAAACAGAGAGUUUGAGAAAUAGGGAUUCUACUGUCAAAGUUAACUUUUGUUGUGGCUCACAACAUUCUGUACAUUGACAGAGUUUUGGAAAUAACUCUGCUGUUGGUGGCCCCGGAGGUGAUACUGAUCCUAGUGAAGCAAGUUGUCUUGUAACUAUCGGAAAACUUCAGCCAACAAGCGUUCCUCAGGCUAGUGACUUGGUCAGUUACCCACCUGUGACAGAGUUUGUCUCCAGACACAGCUUGGAUGGAAAGUUUACAUUUGUGGAUCAGAGGUAGUUAUGGGUUGAGUGUAUAACGUAAUAAUACAGUUAAGGGCAGGGUGCAGAGAAAGAUGUGUCUGAUAGCUUGGGGCUAGUGGAUUUUGCUAUUGGGCUGGUGAAUUCUGGUCUUAACUUGCCCAACAGCCAAAUGAAGGUUUUUGGGGAAUUAGAAUUACAGAAGAACUGUAGUAAAUCCUGCCUAUCAAAAAAAAUUUUUUUUCGGGCUUAUUAAAAUGAUUCUUGGGCUUGUACAUGCUAGCUACAGCUUGCCCGAAUGACAAGCGUAUUGACUUUCUUUGCACGCUAAAAGGGGCAAGUGGGCCAAAGAUGGCCCACAAUGCUGACUUGCUAGAGCUUAUCCCUUUCUCUUUAGCAGUAAGUGCCUAGGAGUACUAGUUUUCUCCCCUUAUUUGCAUGUUAGUACCUUACGGGGCUAUCCCCUGUAUCAUGCCACUGGUAACCAAUUAUAUCCUGCUCUAAGGUCUUUUAAAUUUGGCCAAUCCUCGCUUAAAAAAAUGUUUGCAGUUAUCAUUGAGAAGGCUGACUCAAGUAUUAUUUGUCUUUUUAAGUUAACACCUUACAAACAGAUUUGGAGGCCUAAGAAACCCUGUGAGCCUUAGAGAUUGUUUAAAUAAUUGCCUUCCUCUAUCUUCUCCCAGCUUUAGUGUACAUUGUAUGUACAUGUCGUAAAACUAAUGGACACUGUACAACAAGCAACGUGGCAUCACAAACACUACCUUGGUACCACUACACAAGAGUUCCUCCAGAUAAAUUUUGUGGAUUCCUAUCUUCAGUAUCAGCUUUUCUUGAACUCUAUUUUACAUGAGUUUAGUUCAAAGAGAUGACUUCAGUCCUGUGUUUGCAGUACUUGUACAGUGUCAGGGGCAAGCUUUGGUUUUGUCAGUUUGAUAGAGUUAAACUGUAAUAAUAGCCGGUUUUUUUGUCUGUUAUUAGAGUUACAGAGGUGUUGGGGUAUAAACCUCAAGAUCUACUCAAUGAGCUCUGUUACGACUUCUUCCACCCUGAUGAUUUGGAACAUAUGAUGGAAAGCUAUCAGCAAGGUUUGUGCAUAUUUUCUACUGACAGUCAUUGAUAUUUGCAUGUAUAACAUUGAGAAAAGGUAUAAAAAGGUAAGGUUGCAAUCUUCCAAGAGUAUAAAUGGUAGCCAAUAGCCUACCAUGAGCCAAUGGGCCUCACACCAGCAACAGUGUUGAAAAAAUCCCAAUAAUAUUAAUAAAUGCCCAGCAAGAGAAAAAAAAAAUGAGGCAAGAAAAGCGAAAAAAGAAGGGAGGAGAGAAAGCGAAAAGUAAAAGUCAAGACUGCUGAGUCACUUUUAAACCCAAAAACUAUGUGGAAAUUUUGCUUUCUGCGCAUGCCCGAACUUCCCAAGCUGAUAUUUUGCAUCUGGAUCAGAAGGCCGCCAAGUGUACGACCUGUAAACCGGUUUGUGGUAAGUUUUAGCUCUUUAUAGCACGACAGUGACCAGAAAACCACUCGACUAGCUUCAAAACGCGUUUUUCGGCAAAAUCUCCAGGAGCGAAUGGGUUAAAAUUACUGGUUUAUGGGGAAAUAUUUUUCGGCUAUUUUUUGAAUCCUUCUUCUUGCUACAAAUUAUGAACUGAAGGACUUAGAUAAGGGAGUUGACCAGAAAGGUGUGAUGUUGAAGACUGUUUAAUUGGCUGGAUGGUUAAUGUGAUAUUAAUAUUAUUGCCCUUAAGUUCCAGGUGUGGUUGGGAUCUUUAAGCCCCAAGAUCCACAUACAAAUUCUGCAGACUGAUUUCCAUACAUUUCUUUUAACAACAGUUAAGAGAAUUUGGUGUAAGAUCAAAGUAUUCUCCCUUUGGUAAUCAAUUUAGUAAUUCUCAUAACCUUUACUCUUGAUGAUCUGCUGAUGUUGUUAGGAGAAAAUUGAUUUGUGUAGAAUUAAUUGCCUUCUAGACUGCAAGCAAUCUCUUAUUUUCCUUCUAAGUCACAGUAGGUCAAGAGCAUAAUUGUGACCCUUCAUGCGAAAAGGGGGCUUAUGGAUUUCACUAAAAACCGUGAAUUUUUUUCACGGUCACGGUGCGUGAAUUAGAGUUUUCACGGCGUGAAUUUCAAAUUCCACGCCCGUUCACUCCUUGCGAGAAUUUUUCACUCUUGGCGUGAAACUGAUCAUGUUGCGAAAGAUCAUCAGUGUAAACUUUCACUCCGUGAAAUUAAGAGUGAACACAUUUUCACGCCGUGAAACAUGUCGAGGGUGAAUGAAAUCUAACCUGUUUUUUUUUGUUUUGUGUUUUUUUCUCGCCCCUUUUCGAACUGGAAAAAAACGAGAAUACCUGGUCACGUCAAGCUAAAUUUGUGGAAGUUGAUCCCACGCAAAAAAUACUAGCUAGUAGCUCAUGACAGAAAUAAAAAAAAGCGUAUUCAGACUAUUCCGCGUUCAGGCCUGUAAAGCCACAAAUCACAAUCAAACUAGUCACAAUUUCUUGUCGAUAUUUUUAUGUGUUCAUGGCAAGUAUUUUAUUAGAUAUGCACGAUCGGAACUGCGUGUGUUUCAUGUCAAUUUGCAUUGUUUACAUUGUCUGUAACUGCAACAGUCGGUGACCUUUGCCUCCUUUUUUUUCUUCUCCUCAACGUGCAAAUUUUCCCACUGUCGACGUCAGAGACGAUUAGUUAUUUACCAAACAUGGCAAGGUUUUCACUCAAGAAACCUAACGAAAUUCUUUGCGGAAAGACUAACUUUUACUGCCAUUCCUAAAACCGGGAUAAUUGUCGUCUGUGUCGACGCGCAUUGCAGUGAAGUGACUGAUCUUAUCUGCAGUUUUGUAGCCCCAUCAUCAUCCAUCACACGUGCAAACUCUACUUGAUUUAUCAUGCUCCAUUUCAAGUUCCUUGUCUCAUUGCUAAAUGUUAUACUCAAAAUUUCGACGUUACAACGAUCUGAACAGAAGGGUAAAAAUGAAAUAAAUCCAAAAGAUAUCACGCAACAUCAAAACAUGCGUUACAUAUUUCUUCAUCUUGUCGCCACCGAGUCUAGCAUUUGCAUAACUUCGUGGAAGAGAUAAAAGCUUCCAAAUUCUUUUAAAUUUUAAACGAUACUUUGUAAAUUUAGAGAAUACAAAGACGGAAUCAUGCAGUUGUUGAUUAUCUUCGGCCAUCUUCGGUGUCUUUUUUAAGCGAUUUGAUCUGUUUUGCCGAAAAUCAAAAAGUACUGACCAGUACAUGUUACAUUCAUCUGGGCAAAUAAAGGCUUGCAUGACAUCUAAACAGUACACUUUUGAAAACAAUGUUACAUUAAUUUUCAUUUUGACUGUUGGAAGAUUUUCACGGCGUGAAAUUAAAUUUCACGGUGACUGAAAUUUUUCACGGCAUAAAAUAUUUUCACGGCCAUUAUAAACUUUUUCACUGCGUGAAAUUUUCACGGUAGCCGUGAAUUUUUCACGGCGUGUUCACGGCGUGAAAGAGAAAUUUCACUCACAUUCCAAAAAUUUUUCUUACUUUCACGGCCUGGAUCGUGAAAAUAGGCAUAGCAUGAAAUUUAGAUAAGCCCCCAAGUCGCGUGAAGGGUCACAAUUUUACUUUGUCACUCACCACACGUGGCUCUGAGGAAAGAAGGACAACCGCUGGCAGUCUAACUGCCUUCUUAUUUCUUAUCUUAUCUCUAAGCAAGCGAGACUUAAUCCUUUUAAGAGCAUUCUUGUUCAUAGUUCAAUUAGAGAAGAGCGUCUUUCCUUGGAGAAAUAAAUCUAGAAAGCAUCAUACUGAGUGCAGUCAGAGUGGUCAGAUGUACCAAUCAGCCAGUAGCAGUCUACAUUGCUCAUAAACAUUAUUACAUCUAGCAUCAGCUGUUAGAGUAUAAUAAAGACUGUACCAUUGUAGGAUGACAAUAAUUGCAGUUGAAAUACUUCUGUUGGCAUUACAGUGAAACCUGUUUUAAGUGAACCCCAUGUUAAGCAGACUCCCUUCACUAUUAUGUGGACAAAUGGCUCAGUAUGUUUCAAAUGGUUCUUCUCAUAUUUUAAGUAAAACAAACCUGUAUUUAGUAGACACCAUUAUUAAGUGGACACUAACAAAGGUCCCUUGGGCGUCAGCCGCCUUACACAGUUUCACUGUAUUGUUCAACUGACUGUCUUUGUCCGAGCAGUAUGGAAUGAUUAGUUUUUUAAAUCUAAUCGUUGCAAUUUUGAAAAUUGGGUGCCUUAGCUCAUAUUACCUUUGAAUUUUGUUUUCAGUGUAAACAUUAUAGUGUUUUUUGUUUCAGUGAUGAAACUGAAGGGCCAAACACUGUCUGUGAGGUACAGAUUCCGCGCCAAGGAUGGGAACUGGGUGUGGCUUAGAACAAGCUGCCACAGCUUUCAGAAUCCAUACACUGAUGAAGCUGAGUACAUCGUUUGCUCAAACUGCAUGGUACCAAGGUACGUGUCUUGAAAAAUUUGGGGUGAAACACUUCACCAAAUUUGUGGUUGAAAGUUGAGUGACACUUGUAUUUUUGACUUAAUGUAUCCUAAGCGAUCACUUACAUGUAGGCCAUGUAUAUAUCCACAGUUAAUGGCACAAAACAUUAAAAUUGCUGCCUUAAACAUGUCAAAGGAUAAUAACAAUUACUUCUCGAGGCCGAAUGGGCUAGCUAGUGACUCAGAGGCCAUGAGGGCGAGAGGAAUAAUUGUUUUAGUAAAAUCCAACCAGUCGAGACAAAACAUCUUAAGCUAGCAAAACACGAUUCAGCCGCCAUUGUUUUGGUUUUCAAAGCUGGUGCUUUUCGCUACUAGUGGGCUAUAACGUAUAGCCUAGUAGUAGCUCAACCAAUCAGAAAGCUGCAUUGAUAAUAGACCACUAGUUGGAUUUUACUAAUACUCAUUAUUUGAACCAUCUUAACUAGGUACUUUCAUAGCACAUUGAAAAAGUUGCUGGAGUACAGAAUCAUCCCAAAAAUGUUUUUCUCAGUACAAAUGCACCCAACCAUUGGAUUCUGCAGUCUCCAACAAGUUUGCCAGUCAUUGUUAGAUAACAUAAAAAUAGCUAACCAGAAGUGGUUUUUCUCAACAGCUCUCUUACUGGCUUUCUCUAUUUUAAAUUUCGUUUUGUCUUUUGGUGAAGAUGCCUGUGGAUUUUUGCUAUGUGCAUUCUUCUCCUUUUGAGGACAACUUGAAUUAUUCUGUUCGCCAAGAGUACUGUUUUGAUUAUUUGCGGCAUCACAGUAAAGCUAUGUGCAAACGGACACAACAACUCCCAACAGUGUUGGGACCUGCAGUGCAUAGUGGGAAGGAUACACCUCAUAAGACUUUCCAACAUUGUUGCGCUACGCUUUGGCAAUCACGGAACAAACGAAAUGUUGGGAGUUGUUGGCUCAAAAAUUUGACCACUUUCAAACUUUGUGCAACAACUCCCAACAACAUGCAACAGGGUGUGUAAACCGAUGUAACAUGUAGCAUCCAACAAUUUUGGGAGUUGUUCGCCAACAAUGUUGCAUCUGUUUGCACGGUGCUUUAAGAUGCUAAACAUUAGGCUUCCAAGUUUUGAAGGCAAUACUUACUUCCUUAUUUUUCUAAAUCUAGUAACAAUAGCAUGCAGCCAAUCACCCUGAAUCUAUCGAGUCCCACAAUGAACUCGUCUCGCAGUGGACCUCUGACUGGCAGUACAGAUUACUCUGAUAUCUCACCGCACCCAGACUUGACAAAUCCUGAUUCCACAGCUGCCUCACUGUAUCAGAGACACCCACAACUUAUGGCUGGGCGAGAAGAUGUCAUGUGUCACUUCUCUCCUACUGGGGCAGUUCAAAAAGGUUAGAAAAUGCUUUAUGUUAAAAAGUCUUCUUCAAAGAAUGGCGUCUGUGACUGUGGCUUUCACUUGAUUGAGUAUUCUCACAUAGGAUUUUAUUUACAACUGUAUGGGUCAAAACUGCUAUGUAUUAUUAAGAGAGUCAGUCUAUCGGCUUUUAGUAGGAGAGAAACCUUUAUUUAUUUUUAUCAGGGUAGCCCAUUCAGACACCUUAAGCACUGCUAUCAAUUGGGGCCCGGAUAAAAAUUAAAAUGAUAAAACUAAUCAGGACUAUAGAAUACUAAGAUAUGUCUUCUAAAGGUAAAGGCUAAGAAAAAGUUAAUCUUAAGAUAUGGACUAUAUACAGUUGCAGUGAAUAUAAAGCCACAACAUUUUGCUUGUCUUUGUUUACGAGAAGGUAGGAACUUAUUUUGCCACAAAAUCAUUCAGACAAUUUUUUUCCAAAAUUCAAGAAGAAUACAAAAUUAUGUCACCAUUGUGCUGAAACACACACAAUGCUCUUACUAUGUUCUAUCAAUUUAUCCAAAAUUUAUUAUUCAAUUUCUUUGCAACUGAUUUGGUAAAUACUAAAACAACUCUCUCUCUCUGUCUGGGUAGUCGAACCUCUCUCGUACAGACACCGAAGGGACAGAGAAAAGUGUCCACAUUAAUGAGAUGACUGUAUUCUAGAGACUUCAUCAAGACUCCAAUGACAGUUUUAAGUGUUAGUAACAAAAAACAGGCCACAUAUGUGUCUUAACUGUGUCUAAACUGAAAAGAGCAAGAAAAAAGGCUAGUCUGUCAAUGAAAUGGUGCACUUUGUGAGCACCAGGGCCUGGAACUUCUCCUCCGUGCCUAAAAAUUGCUUAUUCUAUAUUUUGCAAUAAAAGACUACAUCUGAUAAUUUGGAUUUUAUUAUUUAUUUCUGUUUGUUUUAGUAUCACCACGGAUUGGAGAAGCAGGUUUGGAAGCCCUCUCUAAGGUAUGAACCUCUCCAGUUUAAUUUACAGCAUUGCCAGUGUAUGGUGUCAGUGAUGCAAAUUCCCUAAAGCAGGGUCCGAAAUUAACUUUUUAAUACGGGCGCCAACUGGCGAUCAAGUAUAAACUUUUGGUCGCCAGAGGGCAAAUUGUGGUCGCCAAAAAUCCCCCCUCCUUUUUUUUUCAAAUAAAAGUUUAAACAAGAAUUAUGGUAUGGAUGUUUUUAUGCUCAAAAAUUGCACUACUUCUGCUCCCGAUACCAGAAAGCAACCGUAAGUGUACGAGUGAAGUCUUAUUUUUUCCACAAAUUGCUUUUUGGAGAUAUAAAGCUAUCUGGCCUAGAACGUAGGAACAGAAAGCUGUCUGCCCAUGACUGCACUGAUCAUAAUUAUCAAAACUCUAUUUUCUCCCGAUAACUACCACGAAACACGAAACAUAAACACGAGUCAAGCUGCCAUGUUGCUCGUACCAGGCCACAACUGUGCCACAUUACUCAUACCAGUCCACAAAGUACAUAAUGUACUUACCGUAUUUCAGCUGAAACCAACAUGGCGGCUUGGAAACGUUCAACUCGUAUUGAUCGUAGCUGUUGUGGAGGUAUUAGGGAACUUAAGAUGGAGACGUUUUCGGGGCGACGGCGACCGGACUGGCAGAGAAAGCCUGGAACUAAGGCAGCCGUCGCUCCCCGUCAAAAAUAGAACAUUAAGAUCGCAGUGAACUCAGAAGAAGGGCGCCUUUAAUUAGAAGAAUACCGAAGAGGAAAAUAUGGCUUCACAUAAAGAAUGAAGAGAAUAAAUAUUUGCUAUGCAGACAACAUGUAUCGGAUGAAGAGUUUCUCGUUUUGAGGGAAAAUUAUGAGUCCAAAAAUCCCGAUUUUCCUCGGGACAGUUACGAUCCGUCACGCUAAAAAACAUGCGGGAUGCAGCUGAGUUCAAGGCAGAAUUUCGUGUUGAAAAAAAAUGAUCUCCACAGGCUUGCCGAAGCCUUGCAAAUUACAGGGACAUUAAAAUGCUACCAAGGAACCGUAUUAUUAGUUUGGUAUUGAAAUAAUUCCCGGGAAAUACUUGCAUGCAACAACAACAACAACGGCAACAACUUUAUUUCAGUAUUCCCACGCCGAGUUAGUACAUGGUAUUACCUACUAUUCUAUAUAAUUUUCAAUGCGAUUCAUUUAUAUGAUAUUCUAACGAAAAGAGCGAACUAAAAACACACAAUUGAAAUAUCGGAGUUCAUAUUUUUUGUCUGGAUACUUUUAUUUGGCUCGUGGGAAAAUUUUGUCCCGUGUCAAGCUCACUUACGGUUGGCUGUUUGCCAAGUUGGAUCUUGACCCUGUGACAUGAAAACAUAGAAACAUUCAAAGAUGUAAGUUUUGAUAACAGAGCUUGGAAAUCGAGCUUGAAAUGUGCCUCAAAGAAAACAAGGACAAUUUAAGAACGAUAAUCUGCAAAAUGUUGGUUGCUAAACGCAACAAACCUGAUUGAAAUGAAAGUUAAAUACUCACGUUUUUGCCACAACGCCAAACAGACCUGUCUCACGUCGCCGACGGGACCACGACGGCAAGGUGGUGAGCACCAGCAUGCGCAAUAUCCAACAAAUGAUGAUGUCACGUCCGGUUGAAGUUGCCGUCGCCCCGAAAACGUCUUUAUCUUAAGUUCCCAAUUAUUACAGGAAGAUUCGUUUCACUUUUAAUUAAAAAAUAUCAGCAGGACAAAAAGUAAGACACCUGUUGGCAAAUAGCUUCAAGGUUUCAAUUCUUAAUCAGUUCCUCGGAACGUUUAAGUCCACAAUAACAACCAGCUUUACGAGUCGCUAGCUGGCGACCAGCUAUGAAAUUCUGGUCGCCAGGACUAAAUUUUUAGUCGCAUUGGCGACCAGGAAGGCGCAAUUUCGGACCCUGUAAAGUGAUGAACUGUCCUUAAUACUGCCAGAAGGGCUGUCAUUAAGAUUUGAAGCAGCUGUAGCAAAUGAAGUGUCCACUGUAAGGUCUCCCAAAAAUUUAUUGUGUGAUCUUAAGCGUGAGGUGUUAGGGGUUAUAGCCCCUAUUAGAAAACUUAAGCAAUGAUGAUGGCGAUGGCAACAAGAAAGGUAAAAAAGCAAUAGGGUCGGAUUGGCAAAACAACAACUUUGCACGUGCAUCAUGCUUUUUUGCACAUUUCUUAGCCAUCAUUGCAUGACUACAAUGCCUAGUUUCACAUUUUGUCGAGGACAGGAACACAAUACAACAAUGCAGUCCUUUGGAUUUAAACUCCAAAAAAUUUUUCCAACAUUUGGGAAAUUAAAUGAGAUGACAUAAGUGGGAUAAAUUUUGGGUGAAUUUACUUCUUAAGUGAAGUUUUUGUUGCUUUUAAAAGCUGCCUUAAUGACAGCUCUGGCUGGUGCCCACUUCUGGAGAACUUUUCCCAUUAAAGAGACUGUACCAUGGAGUAUGACUUUCCCUUAAUGAUUUGAGAAUCAAAAAAUAGGCUUUUCUUUGACAAUUUUCACCUACAGAAACACAAGGUCUUAAUUGAUCAUACCCCUCAAAAGUAACUGCCACCACUUCAGGAAAUUAGGAAGUUAUCAACAAUUACUUGUAUACUCUGGUCACUUUAAACCAUCUGCCUCUCGCAAGCAAGCAGUUUUAAAUACUCACUUUUGAUUUCUGGAGUAUUUCUGAUUAAUGUCAUGUGCUUUUAGGCCAGUGAGCUCAGUGACAAGAGAGGAAACGCUUCACCAAACACUUCAGUCACUCAAGUACCACAAAAACCUGACCCCACCCUUGUGAGUCCAGUUCCUCCCGGCAGUGGCACUGCUACACAAAGACUAGGAACAGGAAUGCUUCAACACAGCAUGGACCAAAAUAGUGGUAAUAACGGACAAUAAUUUUGUGCGUGUGUGUAGAUUUUUUUUUCUGUGAAGACUUAAUAAGUCUACUUUUUAUCGUCAUGUGGUUUACCGAGAUGACCUAUCAGAGGUAAUGCCGUUAUUCUUUUUUUCAUUAAAGCUGAGUUACAGAAUGUUUGAAUUAGUUCCGUCAGGGUAACUUUGAAAAAUUAAACAAGCAUUCCUUGUACUAAUUUAUGCAUUUCCUCAAUCCAAUAUGCAGUUCCCAAAAGUUUCCAAUUUGGAUUCUGUUAGGUUUUAACUUCAUACACUUGUACAGGGAAUCACACUUAAGAAACCUCCUUCUGAUCUUAAAAUAUCUGUAAAAUGGGUUAGACAAUAUCUGUUGAUGAUUGUUAUUAAUUAUAAUGCUGCAAAAUAAUUUGUUAAAACAAAAACUUUCUUUGUUUUCAGUCGACCUGGAUAAUCAAGAGUUUUCAGCUGGCCAGGCAGGUAGCCUUCUAGCAGCUUUGGUGCAACGACGACAAGCAAUGAUAAAUGCUGCUCAUAGUCAGUCUCCACAAGGAGGCUACAGCCUAAUGAAUGGUGGAAUGGGCUCCAUGUUACAAGCUGGCAUGCCCGGCCAGCAGCGUCCCAUGGGUCCUAUGACCCCCAUGGACCUGCUGAGAGCACAGAUGCCACGCACCAUGGGGGAGAUUAGCUCCAGUGGAAUGAUGGGCUACACUACCACUAUAACGACAAGAAAUGGUCAGACUGGAGGUAAUGCCUCAGUGGUUGCUACCCAGAGUAUGGGAGGUCGAGAUAUGAUGCCAGGUGCUUGGCCUCACCAGGGUGUCAUGCAGAGGCCUGUCAGAGAUGCUGAGAUAAAAGCACCACAAACGUCAACACUUCCUUCCCAAGUAGAAUCAACAGCCCCACCAGGAAUGUACAGUGGCAUGAGACCAGGCACAGGACCAGCAAGCGGGCGAGGGCCAGCACAAGGCUUUCCUAGUUAUUACCAGUAGCACUGACAGAACAUUCUUUAUACCGAGCAUUGUUUGGUAUUUCAAACAUAGAGAUCCAUUGUAACAACAGGACUUAACUUCUGGAAAGUUUGUACAUCUAUACGGGGGUGAAACGUCAGAAAUCUGGGCUGUAAAAUGCAGCUGACGUCUUCUGUGAAGGGUUUUGUCCCAAGCAGAAGGAAAGCUCUAACAAACAAACGUUGCAUUACUAUAGAACAUUAAUGUUCCUGUAUCGUAUACAUGAGAAUCCUUGUAAUGUAACUAAUGUUAUUACACCAUCAGGUUUUUAGCCGUGAUACGGUGUUCUCUGUAAUCAUUGGUGUGUUUUAAUACAGGUGAGGUCAUUAUUGAUAAGAACUUCAGGUAGGGUAGGUCGUGUCUUCUUUCCCUUGUAAAUUACCAGCAAUGUGAAAAUCCUGAGAAACUCACUUGGUGCAUUUUGCAGCACUGGUAGCAGAUUUGUGAUGACUUAUUUCUGAUGUCCAUUCAAGGUCUGUUUUUUUCUUGUAGUACAAUGAUCUACCAUUGGUGGUUUUUUUCUUAUGCAUGCCUUAGAUAGUCAUAGGGGGUUAGAGCAUAUGUAGCAGAUUUUUACUGAUUUGUCUCUAGUUUUCUCUUUGGUCCUCUUUGUUGCCUCACAUGAACAAUCAAUGUACUGGUGGUAAUUGUUGUUGUUUUUAAUGGUUAGAGAGGCUAUUGUCCAGUGCUGUAACUACUGCCCAAACAGUGCAAAAUCAUGCUUCCUAAGAGGGUUUUGGUUUGAGACUGGCACCAGACAAAGUUAGUGAUUCUAAAAUGUGUUUCAAAUUUAAAAGGCAGGUGGUCUUCAGGGCUUCAGGACUAAAAAGUGAAACUUUUUGAAACAGGUUAUUGAGAUGUUGUGGAGACAAUUGUAGAGACAAUCCAUCUUUAAUCCAUCCUAGAAAGUCACUAACUGGCUGUGGUUUUGCAGCAACCUUAACUUAUAACAGUUUCCACAUUGGAAAAUUCAGCAAGUUUUUCUUUAUGUCAUGGGUCCUUUUAUGAGUUUUGCAUCUUUGCAUUGGAGAAGGACAGGAAACAAUUACGAUUAUUUAGAAUGGUUUUAUCAUGGGAUAAAACUGACUACUUUAGUUUUCCAGAUACUUGCAAAGUUGGGGUAAGAAGUGAAAACAAAGUAGUGAAAAAUAUGAUCUUUGAAAAUAAAUAUUUUGCUUACUUAUUUACUUACGAAAGCCUUUGCACGUAUUAGUACUUAGGGAAUACUCGAUGAUGCAUGGAUGUAUUAUAUAAGACACUCUAUAUCCUUUGUUUGUGAUUUACAAACGUCUGUGGGGGAAGGUUAGACAUGCUCAACUUAUUUUUUAUGGCAAAAUAUCUUCAAAAAGAAAGAAAAACGUUCGUGCUGUUACAUAAAUCAUUUUAGAAAAAGGUACCAUACUAAAGAAACCUACAUACUAUUGCAAAACUAAUAAUUACCCUUGAAUGAUCUUCAGUAAGAUGCUCACAGGUUACUACAAUUGUGAAAAUAAAGCUUCUAUAGUGGUCUUCAAUAUACCAAGGGACAUAUAUAGCUGUUUCCAAAUAGAAUUUUUAAUUUUCCCUGUUAUGUUAACUUUGGUAUAAUUUUUAUCAUUUGUAUUUGUACACUCCUUUACAGCCACUGUUUCCCUUCUUUAGCUAUAAAUCAUCGGUUGUUGGCAGAGAGGAUUUGUCUUUGUGGCAAGGAAACAGAUAAGCUACCAUAGAAACUGAAAAGUUACUGCACCAUAAAUCAUCCAGGAAACUUAUGGGACAUAAUUUCGUAUUGCACAGGCUAGAAUGUUUGUUAUCCCAGAGGUACUGUGUUUUAGCUUUUAAUUAGGUACAUGUAGAUAAAUGGUGGUGUAAUAACUUAAAUAAAGCAUUUGAUGAUCAAGCCUUGUGAGUAUUAAUG